AGGCGGCGAGGCUCUGGGAGGGGAAGGAGCAGAGAGAGGGAGGGUGAGGUGGGGGGCUGAACCCGGAAGUGGGUAGGCGCUGGAGCGAGCGCGCCGACAGUGGAGCUCAGCGGCUGGGAGCCAGCGGGGGAGCCCUGGGUUCCCGACCAUGAAACCCUCGGGCACGCCCCUCCAGAAGCUGUUAACCAAGACAAUCUAGUUUUUUGUUUUUUUUAAAUAAAUCCUUUAAGACACUUAUGAAGUUUCUUGUUCUGAAAUUGUUGUACUGCAAUGAAGAAAAGGAGAAAGGUUACUGCAAAUCUUGACGAGAAGAUCCAUCUAGGCUAUCAUAAAGAUUCUUCAGAAGGCAAUGUUGCAGUGGAGUGUGACGAAGUAACCUAUACUCAUUCCACAGAAAGACCAAUUCCUGAAGCUCUUCACUGUUACCAGGAACUUCCCCCUUCUCCAGAUCAGAGAAAACUUUUGAGUUCUUUGCAGUAUAACAAGAAUUUGCUGAAGUAUUUAAAUGAUGAUAGGCAGAAGCAACCAUCUUUCUGUGACUUACUUAUCAUAGUAGAAGGCAAAGAAUUUAGUGCGCAUAAAGUUGUUGUUGCUGUUGGCAGUAGUUAUUUUCACGCGUGUUUGAGCAAAAAUCCAAGCACUGAUGUUGUCACCCUGGAUCACGUAACACACUCAGUUUUUCAGCAUUUGCUUGAAUUUCUUUACACAUCAGAAUUUUUUGUGUACAAAUAUGAAAUACCUCUUGUUUUAGAGGCAGCAAAAUUUCUGGACAUUAUAGAUGCAGUUAAGUUGCUAAAUAAUGAAAAUGUUGCCACUUUUCAGUCUGAGCUGGCUGAAAAGUCAUCACCAGAAGAAACACUAAGUGAAUUAGCUGGAAGACUAUCAAAUAAUCAUCAGUGUAAAUUCUGUAGUAGACAUUUUUGUUAUAAAAAGUCUUUAGAGAAUCAUUUGGCUAAAACCCAUAGGUCCCUUUUAUUAGGGAAAAAACAUGGGUUAAAAAUGCUGGAGAGAAGUUUUUCCACAAGAAGAUCGAAAAGGAAUCGGAAGUGUCCUGUUAAGUUUGAUGACACCAGUGAUGAUGAACAAGAAAGUGGUGAUGGGUCAGACAAUUUGAAUCAAGAAAAUUUUGAUAAGGAAAAGUCAGACAGAAAUGAUUCUGAGGACCCUGGAAGUGAAUAUAAUGCUGAAGAAGAUGAACUAGAGGAGGAAAUGUCAGAUGAAUACUCUGACAUUGAAGAACAAAGUGAAAAAGAUCAUAAUGAUGGAGAAGAGGAACCUGAGGCUGGUGAUUCUGUAGGAAAUAUUCAUGAGGGGUUAACUCCUGUAGUCAUUCAGAACAGUAACAAAAAAAUAUUGCAAUGUCCUAAAUGUGAUAAAACAUUUGACCGCAUAGGGAAAUAUGAGAGCCACACACGUGUUCACACAGGUGAGAAGCCCUUUGAGUGUGAUAUUUGUCACCAGCGCUAUUCAACAAAGUCUAACCUAACUGUUCACAGAAAGAAGCACAGUAAUGAAACAGAAUUUCAUAAGAAGGAGCACAAGUGCCCUUACUGUAAUAAACUUCAUGCAAGCAAGAAGACUUUAGCCAAGCAUGUUAAGAGAUUUCACCCUGAAAAUGCACAAGAAUUUAUUUCCAUUAAGAAGACCAAGAGUGAAAGUUGGAAAUGUGACAUUUGUAAGAAAUCUUUUACUCGAAGACCACACUUGGAGGAACAUAUGAUUCUACAUUCUCAAGAUAAACCUUUUAAGUGUACCUAUUGUGAAGAACAUUUCAAAUCACGAUUUGCACGGUUAAAGCAUCAAGAAAAGUUCCAUCUGGGUCCUUUUCCAUGUGAUAUAUGUGGUCGCCAGUUUAAUGACACUGGAAAUUUGAAACGCCAUAUAGAAUGUACCCAUGGUGGAAAGAGAAAAUGGACUUGCUUUAUCUGUGGAAAAUCAGUACGAGAAAGAACUACUUUGAAAGAACAUUUGAGAAUCCACAGUGGAGAAAAACCUCAUCUUUGUAGUAUUUGUGGGCAAAGUUUCCGUCAUGGAAGUUCAUACAGACUUCACUUACGAGUACAUCACGAUGAUAAAAGAUAUGAAUGUGAUGAAUGUGGGAAAACGUUUAUUCGUCAUGACCAUCUUACAAAGCACAAAAAAAUACAUUCAGGUGAGAAGGCUCAUCAAUGUGAAGAAUGUGGAAAAUGUUUUGGUCGUAGGGAUCAUCUCACUGUUCAUUACAAAAGUGUACACCUGGGAGAGAAAGUGUGGCAAAAAUACAAAGCAACCUUUCAUCAAUGUGACGUUUGUAAGAAAAUUUUUAAAGGCAAAUCAAGUCUAGAAAUGCAUUUUCGGACGCAUUCAGGUGAAAAACCAUACAAGUGUCAAAUUUGCAAUCAAUCUUUUAGAAUUAAGAAAACUUUAACAAAACACCUGGUUAUUCAUUCUGAUGCCCGACCUUUCAACUGUCAGCACUGUAAUGCAACAUUUAAGCGGAAAGACAAGCUGAAAUACCACAUUGACCAUGUUCAUGGCAUAAAAUCUCCUGACGAUCCUCUCAGUACUUCUGAGGAAAAACUUGUAUCUUUGCCAGUAGAAUACUCAUCUGAUGAUAAAAUCUUUCAAACAGAAACAAAACAAUAUAUGGACCAGCCCAAAGUUUAUCAGUCAGAAGCCAAGACUUUGUUACAGAAUGUUUCUGCUGAAGUGUGUGUUCCAGUAACAUUGGUUCCAGUUCAGAUGCCGGACACUCAGAGUGAUCUGGUGCGUCAUACAACCACGCUGCCACCACCUUCUCAUGAGAUCUUGUCGCCGCAGCCACAAGCAACUGAUUACCCCCGAGCAGCUGAUUUAGCUUUUCUGGAAAAGUAUACUCUCACUCCUCAACCUGCAAAUAUAGUUCAUCCAGUACGACCUGAACAAAUGCUAGAUCCUAGAGAACAGUCUUAUCUUGGAACGUUACUAGGCCUCGAUAAUGCUACUGCUGUACAAAGUAUUUCUAAUAAUGAGCAUCAUUCAUGAGUAAAUCUAAACAUUCCACAGACUUUUUUGAUGGUUAUGUGCUAAUGGUAGCCUAGACUGAUGGCUUUUAAAUUAGUAAGGCUGCUAUUUUUUCAUUUUCUCUAGUUUCUCCAGUCCUCAGAACCGUUUCAAAUCAAGAAAAAUAUGUAUACCUGUUUACUGAACAUAUGAAUGAAUAUUUGGACACAUUUGGAGGUAUAAUAUUUGAAAUGACAUUUCUGUGAUUUUUAAAGAUGACUUAGUGCUAAUUUUUAAUGGUUUCUCAGACUUUUCAAAAUUACUGGCUGUUGACUUUAUGGUUUUGUUUUUGGUUUUGUUCUUAAUUAUCCAUGGAAAUUUUUAUUCUUGUUCAGUUUUGAUCCUUUUUUCUCCCUUCACCAUCUUCUAAACAAGCUUAAGGACCAUGUAGCCUUUAAGAAAGAAUAUAAGAGUACACUGAUAAUUACAACUCUUCCUUGUCCUAACUUAAGAUUCAUUAUUGCUUCUUCCACAUUUUAAAAAACUGAAAUUAGGAAUUUAAAUUUAUAGGGAAGUCUUGGAUAUUUCUGUGUUUUUUAUUUUUUAUGUGGCCCUAAUUUUAGGUUAUUAUUAAUCCUUUGGUCUUUUGACAAACUCAAAGCCAGAAAGCUAACUUAAUUAAGAUUAGCUUGUUAAAUGAAACCUAGAAUUGAAAUAAUUCUCCAAAUGAUUGGUUUUUGCCUAUGCUUCAAUUAUUAUGAGUAAGAAAUACAAAUUUUUAAUGUAUAGGCAUUAAAUUAUACAAGUUGAAAAUGUCUUAAAGACAAAUUAUGACAGUUUUAACUAGAUAGCUUUGAAGGUAAGUUCAUCUUUUACAUUCUGUCAUUUAAGAAACAUCAAAAAUACAUCAUACCAGGUAUCUUCAUCUCACUAAAGGAGGGGCAAUUAUAACUAAUCAGUGAAAUUUAAUUAACACGCUACUUUUGGUCUCAUUUACUUUGGCUAACAAAAUUGUGGGAAACAGAACCUAGGUAUUUCAUAUAUAAUUGUUAGGGAAGGUGCCAAACAAAUUAUAAAAUUCAUGCCUAACUAAACUUAAUGUUUACUUUAAUUAAAGGGAACCACUAUUUGUAUACAGAUUUACAUGUAAUCUAGAUCUUUAUUUUGCUUUUCACAGAAGCCUAAUGUCUGUAAUUAUCCUUGAUUUUUAUUUUUGUAGGAGAUAAAAGUUGAGGACUUGGUGAAAGGAAAUAGCAGUUAGAGCAAAAACCUCACUGAUAAAAAUUAAUUGAGGAAAAAGUCAGUCAAAAUUAUAAAAUACCUUUAAAGAUGUGCACUUUCCAUAUUUUCAAGUCAAUUUAAACUUAAGCUAGGAUAAUGUUUCCUAGUAGAGCUGCUUGAAGGAUUAGAAUAGGCAGGGUUGAUUUAUUAUUAGCAUGUCAUUUGUAUGUAAACUACUGGAAAAUAGCAAUUUUAAGAGUUUUCUAGUUCAGUUUUGUUUACACUCCUAAUUGCUUUAAGCACUUUUUUUUGUGUGUAAACUGUAAAGUCUGGCCCAGCCCUUGUGAAAAAAAUCACAAAUAAAAUAAUGAAGUUUUAAUGAAUAAAAUUUAACCACUUAAUAAUGGGGAAACUUGUUUGCUGAAGCACUUAAGAAAUGAAGGUACUUUAGAGGAACAUUCACCAUACUAGUGGCAAUAAAACAAAAGAAGAAAAAAUGUUGAGAUUGAGGCAGUUAACCAAAGUAGCUCAUACAAGUAACAAAACCGACCUGAAUUUUGCCUCAGUCAUCAAGGUUUGGUUGUAAUUAAUCUAGGACCAGUAGAUAUAAUUAAUGUAUUCUUCUUUUUAAAAGGUUCUUACUUUUGUGUGGAAAUGUUAUAUCUGGGGUACUUACAUGAUUGAACUUGACUAUAUGAGGUACUAUUGUUAGUCUGUUAGUCUUUCAAAUUGACUUUUAAAAAUACAGAUCUUUAUGAUUUUUAUCAUAAAGACCAGCGAGACUUUUAACUAAAAAACUUCCUGUAAUGAGACAAAAUAAUACCUAAAAGUAUACCCUGCCUUACAUAUAAACCAUCAUAGAAAAGUUUGGACUUAUAAAAAGGCAGAUGAUAUGUAUGUGUCUGUAUGGUAUAUUGUAUGCUUGGUAGCAAGAAAGAAAGAAGGUGUUGCAUUUUCACAUUGAAAAGAAUACUUUGCUUUUUGAAGGUAUUUACUUUAGGAUUAUUUUAAUAAUAAUUUCCUAAUGCUUUAAAUAUAUAAUUUGAUUGUAGGAUUGGUUUAUGGUAUAAAACUUUUCUGGAAUACAUCUCUUAAUGUAAAGUGAAAUAGAAUUAUAUUUAGUUAUUAUUGUAGGUAAACUUGAAUACUGGUUUACUCUUUCAUAAAAUGCUUUCAGUUAUCUUGUUUAACCUCAUAACCAGCUCUGAAAGAGAAAGGACAUGCUAUAUUCCCAUUUUAGAGAUGAAGAAUCUGAGGUUAAGAUAAAGGACUCAGUUAAGCUCAUAUCAUUAAUAAAUGGUAGAGCUACUAAUAGGGAAAGAAAGCCAGCAUUACUAAAUGCUUACUAUGUGCCAGGCACUACAUUUUCUCAUGUAAUCUUAAACAGUCUGGGAAUUAGAUAGUAUAAUUCUUACGAAGAAAUUAUCUCAGCGGGUGGACAAACACACACAAAUCUGCUGCCUCUAAUUUCCAAAAUUAGAAUGUAGGAAAUUUUAAAAUUGUGAAAACCUCAUGGAUUUGGGCAAACUGAAUGUAUAUAAGUUGUUGAAGUUGGCACAAAAAAUAUGUAAUGAGGCCUACUCUUUUCAGUUAACCUUUUGUAAUAUUUGGAGUAUUUGGACAAAUGUUCCAUUAACUCUAAAGUCCAUUAAUUUUGUAACUAUACUUAAAAUUUUGAAUCUUGCAACUAAGUUUAGCCUCAUUCAGAAUUUUUUAUUUUAUGAACAUAAUUUAUUGUUUUAAAUUAAUUUUUUAGCUGAUAGCAGUUAGCACUUAAUAUGUAAAUUGAAUAAUUUAUGAAGUGUAGAAAUUUGUUAACCUAAUCAGUUUUUACUUAAAUGCACCAAAGAUUUUUAGUAGGUAUUAAAAUAGUUUAAAAGAAUUAAAAUUCUUUGUUGUUUGAAUAAAUAUUUGUCCAAAGAAGCACAGUUGAAGUCCUAGGAUUAUGGAUUUUUUAAAAAAAUCGUUAGUUUGAAUACUAAGAUUAAGUGUUUGUGUUUAUAUGUAUAAAAAUAAAAACAGAAGAAAACACUCUGGGAAUAGUCAUACUGACAAAUCAAUUACAAGUAAGAAUACUCAGUUUUCCUCAGUUUAAUUAAUUAAAUGUUAUCUUUAAGUGGACACUAUUAAAUGCUAAAUAAUAAGCUUAUUUUUUACACUACACUAUUAAAAUAAUUUUGCCUUAGAGUUUUUUUUUAAGACAAGUUGAACUUAUUUUUAUAAGAAACCCCACCUAUUUUUUGCAGCCUAAAAUACCAUUUAAGUUUAGGGUUUGUUCUUCAUGCCAGCAAGAUUUAACCAACAACUGUAAAGGUAAUGAUCUUUGCGUACUUUUAAGUAAUUUAGUCAUUUAUUGCUGGGACAAAAGGAGUAGCAUAAAUAGGGUUUUAAACUGGUGCUUUAUUAAAUGACUUCCUUUUAAGUGAUUGUAGGUCAUGAAAUAGGUACACUAAUAUUCUGUCAACUUUAAAAGUGUCAAGACAUCUUUGCAGAGUGACUAUAAACUGUUAAGGGCUAAUAAGUAAUUAAAUAUCAUUCAUUGCUUUUCACUCUUUAAUUGCAAACAAAAACACAAUUAAACUGGUAUGUUUAUAAGUUUGAGUUCUUUUCCUACCAGAUCAUUUUAACAUAUCAUUGAUGAAAAGUCAGAUUUAGAGCAUUAGCUCUUUGACAGUGUCCUUUUUAUACCCAGUCUUUUCUGAAUUGAAUGCUUUGUGCCUUUUCGCUGUGUUGUAGUUGCUUAAAAUUGAUUCUGCUGGCUAGAUUGUACUGGUUAAUAAAUGAUUUUGAUUUUGUUGUUGUUGUUAUGGGUUUUAUGUUUGUGCUGCCUGCUGGUCAGGCAACACUUUUUUUUAGAUUAUUUUAUGAUUAUUUAGGAAAAUGGCACUAAGUACAAGUGUGAACAUUUGGUUUUUUAAAAUCUCUUUUGUGGCCUUUAUAGUUACUGUGAAGCCACUCCAGGGCCUGUCUCUAGACGCUUAUUAGAAGAAUCUGACAAAUAAAAUAAAAUGAGUAGUGUGUCUGCCUCUCUGUCUCCUCCUCCCACUCACCCUCCCCUCCCUUUUUAAAAGUAAUCAGUUCCCAUAACUGCACAGCUCUACAUUGAAUGGCUUCUCAUUUCAGUUUGCCUAAAACUGAACUAGAGGUGAUGGUUUGAGAUGAGUUUCUCAUUAGGAGCAGCAACAUUCCAACCAACAUACAAUUGAGUUGAUGAACUCAGGAAAAAUAAGGACUUUUAAAUUCAUACUUGGAUUAUUCUAAGAUUCAGUGCCAAAUUUGAAGUAACUAAAAGUGUAUUCUUUAAUAAGGAACAAGUAGCAUUUCUAAAACUUUAAAUAGUGUUAUGAUAAAUGUUACUUGUGAUUAGGGUGAAUAAUGGAUAAUGUGAGAAUAAUUUUCUAAAUAAUUUCUAGGAACUAUAGGCAAUUCUUCCUUAGAUACUCCCCUUCUUUUACACAUUCCUCUCUUGGUAAAUCUGUAGUGUUCUUUUGGGGGAUCACCCUCUUGUUUCUCUAAUGUUAUUUCAACUUAAAGAUACUUUUAUCCUAGAAUAUUAGCAUGCUUUCUGCUCUUCUCUUUGGAAGUAGCAUUAAUAAGAUAGAAAUAAUAGGAUUAGGUUGUGUGGAAGAUGAGAGAAAGAAGGUCUUGGUAGAGUGACUAUGUUUUGUUUACUCUUCAUGUUUCAUUCAACUUGCUAUGUAUUGAUCUUAAGUCUAUGACUAUUGAAGAAGCCCAAGACAAUUUAAAUUUAGCCUCUGCAGCCAUUUAUACAAAGAGAAAAUAAGAAUUAUAUUCAGAGAAUAGAGGUUAUAUAAAGAUGGACGUAUCUUUUUUUAAAUCUUAAGUAAAAAAGUAAUUUCAGUGCUUGCAUUAUUGUUGGAGAUUCUAAAACAUUUCUUGAAUGAAGAGCAUGUAUACUCAUUGUUAUUUUGCCUCUUUGCUUGGUAUUCCUGCUUGCGUUAAAGUUGGACAGUGUACUGUGGUGUAAUUACAAAAUUUUUAUUUCUUCCAACAAUUGGACUUUUCUUAUCCCUAUAGAUACAACUGUAUUACAAUAGAUGAGUGUGGCUGCCAAAAAGAAUGAAUACAAAGGUGGGCAUUUAGCUGCUCCAUGUUGUGUAGUAAGUGUUCUAAUUAAAGGGAUUUGUGAUGUACAUUAAAGUGGAAAUGCUUUUGAACUUA